AAGUAUGCAAGAAUGCCGAACGUCAAAGGGCUGUAUAAUGGAAAGAAACACAACGGAGGACGUCUGUGCUAGAUCGCUUGGCUGGCUUCAGCGGCAAGAUAAGGAUGCCAAACCAUGGCUCUGGAAAUUCUCUAAUUGCUUUUCAGCUGCGGAACAGAAUUUAUCUUUCAGUGCGAAGAUGAACGAGCCCACAGAGAACAGGAAGGGCCCCGUGGAGCUGAAGGAUGCCCCGUCUCCUCGCCGUGCCGGCCCCCAACAGCUAGCAGCCAUCCCCCUCCCGGACGUCCGCUCUCUUCAGCAAAAGCAAAUGCAGCUUUUCCCCGGUUCCAAAGUAAGCUGUUGCGCUCGGGGCUCGGAAGCUGCUCCUCAGCUCCACGGUGGCGGCGGCGCUUUGGUUCACCCUGGUGCGGCGUUGGGCUUGCACGGCGCGGGAACGGUCACUUGUCAAGUCGGGCCGGGGUUCGCUUACCCGCCUGCGCCCUCGCUGAAGAACGUCCCCGUUAGGAGUGGCGUGGCAGGCUUUGCGAGUGACCUGCCCGGAGCGUGCCUGGAAAACAACCUCUCUUCCUGUCCCCACUUCCCGUGCUGCGGGAAACUCCACUUUCAGUCCUGUCAAGGCAGUGCGCAUAAACUGCUUCAGCAUCCCGCCCAUCCGAGCUGCGCGCCUUCGAGUUACUUUUCUUGUUCUGAGUUCACAAGCGGGGCUACAGGGCUUCUGGAAGGACACAUCGCACAAUCGGAGCAUGCGUCUUGCGUUUGCACCAGCUCACUGCACCUGAAAGUGGCACCAUCGGUGUGUUUAAAGGGCUCUCACUACUGCAGUGAGUGUUUAAGCAAGCCAUCCAGAGAGAGCGUGACGGACGCAGCUAAAAUCUGGCCCAAUAUCCCGCCUCCAAGCACGCCCACGGCACCUGUGUCCGUCCCGCUGUGUAACGGCUGUGGAACCAAAGGGACAAGGAAAGAGAAGAGCUUCCUGCUGGCGAGCAGCUUCGGACAGCUGCCACAGAAAUAUGGCUCUCCAGAAGUUGCCCUGACUAGCCAAGUGCUAGAGAACCUGCCUCCGAUUGGAGUUUUCUGGGACAUUGAAAACUGCUCCGUUCCGUCGGGCCGCUCAGCUGUGACCGUCGUGCAGCGGAUUCGGGAGAAGUUUUUCAAAGGCCACCGGGAGGCGGAAUUCAUUUGCGUGUGUGACAUCUGCAAGGAGAACAAAGAAGUGAUUGAGGAGCUGAACAAUUGCCAGGUGACCGUGGCGCACAUCAAUGCCACCGCGAAGAACGCAGCUGACGACAAACUCAGGCAGAGCCUUAGAAGAUUUGCCGAUACCCACGCCGCGCCCGCCACCGUGGUCCUCGUGUCCACCGAUGUGAACUUUGCACUGGAACUGAGCGACCUGAGACACCGUCAUGGUUUCCACAUCAUCCUGGUGCAUAAAAACCAGGCUUCUGAAGCACUCCUGCAUCACGCCCACGAGCUGGUCAGAUUUGAAGAAUUUAUUUCAGAUUUGCCUCCACGAUUACCAUUCAGAAAACCAGCAUGCCAUACUCUAUUGUAUGUUUACAACCUGCCUACAAACCGGGACACCAAAAGCGUCUGUUACCGGCUGCGCCGUUUGUCGGACAACUGUGGGGGCAAAGUGUUGACCAUUUCGGGCAGCAGCGCCAUCCUCCGCUUCUUGAACCAGGACAGUGCCGAGCGCGCUCAGAAGCGGAUGGAGAACGAAGAUGUCUUCGGCAACCGGAUCGUCGUGUCGUUCACCCCCCAGAGCAGAGAGCUCAUGGAAGCCAAGAACGCGGGCUCGGUCGGAGCUGAGAAAGUGAAGUCUCCCAAAAAAGUGAACAAGAAUUCUAAGCUGUGCCUCCCAAGCAGAGAGUCGAGCGACCAGUCUUCCAACUCUAAAACCCUUUCAGGGAAAGGCCUUCAAACUCACGGGUCCGCUGCGAAAAACACAAAUGUCAAGAGCCUACAGGAGCUGUGUCGUAUCAAGUCAGUGCUCAGCCCUAAGACUGUGAGAAGUACCGAAAGCCACCAAGAUCAGCCAAGAGAGAGCUUGGCUUCACUCAGUAACUCUAACCUGGCAAAUUCUGCACCUUCGGCUCUGGCAAGGGCCGCAACGGGAGAACUGGUUUAUAAAAACAUUCAAAAAAAGGAUGCGUUUGCAGCCAGAAGCGUCAGCAACUCUCCCGUAGAGAGAAAAGAGAAGGACGGUGUGUUCCAAGUCAGCUAUCCGUCUGCUUUCAGCAUGCUGUCGGCAUCCAGGCAGCUCAGUCCUUUACUGAUCUCUCAGAGUUGCUGGUCGUCGCGGAGUGUGUCUCCAAACCUCUCAAACAGAUCUUCGCCGCUUACUUUCAAUAUCAUAAGCCACUCUAGUAGUACGGAAGGCCCUGAUCCUUUUGCAAAUGGAACAGACAUUCAGGUCAGCAACUUGGACUACAGGCUGUCCAGGAAAGAGCUGCAACAAAUUCUGCAAGAAGCCUUCUCUAGGCAUGGCAAGGUAAAAACCAUAGAGCUCAGUCCGCACACUGAUUAUCAGCUGAAGGCCGUGGUGCAAAUGGAGAAUCUCCAAGAAGCCAUCAGGGCCGUCAACCAUCUCCACAGGUGCAAAAUCGGCAGCAAAAGGAUCCAGGUCUCGCUAGCCACCGGAACGACCAGUAAAUCCCUGUCCUUGGUCAGUUCAGAAGCAAUAUCCAUUCUUCAAGAUGCUCCAGCUUCUUGUCUGCCUCUCUUCAAAUUUACAGCGAUUUAUGAAAAAAAGUUUGGACACAAGUUAAAUGUAUCAGAUUUGUAUAAAUUAACAGACGUGGUAGGGAUCCGCGAUCAAGGCAACGGGCGACUCGUGUGCCUUCUGCCCAGUAGUCAAGCCAGGCAGAGUCCUCUGGGAUCUUCACAGUCCCACGACGGCUCCUCUGCUAAUUGCAGCCCUAUAAUAUUCGAAGAGCUGGAAUACCACGAACCCGUUUGCAAACAGCACUGCGUAAACAAAGACUUCAGCGAACACGAGUUUGAUCCAGACUCCUACAAAGUUCCUUUCGUGAUUCUGUCCCUGAAGACUUUUGCGCCUCAAGUCCAUAGUUUGCUGCAGUCCCAUGAGGGGACGGUGCCUUUACUGAGCUUCCCCGACUGCUAUGCUUCAGAGUUCAGCAACCUCGAAAUGGUCCCGGAAGGCCAGGGAGGGGUCCCUCUGGAGCACCUCAUCACCUGCAUUCCUGGCGUCAACAUCGCCACCGCCCAGAACGGGAUUAAAGUUGUGAAGUGGAUACACAACAAGCCCCCGCCACCAACGACAGAUCCCUGGCUGCUGCGUUCCAAGAGCCCCGUGGGCAACGCCCAGCUCGUCCAGUUCAGCAGAGAAGUGAUCGACCUGCUGAAAAACCAGCCGUCGUGCAUCCUGCCCAUCAGCAAAUUCAUCCCCAUGUACCAUCACCAUUUUGCCAAGCAGUGCCGUGUGUCUGACUAUGGGUAUUCCAAGCUGCUGGAACUGCUGGAAGCGGUGCCUCACGUUCUGCAAAUUCUCGGGAUGGGAACCAAGCGCCUGCUUACUCUGACACACAGGGCCCAAGUGAAGCGGUUUACCCAAGACUUGCUGAAACUUCUCAAGAGCCAAGCCAGUAAACAAGUGGUCGUGAGAGAGUUUCUCCAGGCUUAUCACUGGUGUUUCUCAAAAGACUGGGAUGUUACUGAAUACGGAGUAUGCGAGUUGGUUGAUCUGCUGUCUGAAAUUCCGGAUAAAACCAUCUGCCUGUAUCAACAGGAUAAUGAAAUGGUAAUCUGCAUCCCCAAAAGAGAACGCACCAAGGAGGAAAUCGAGAGGACAAAGCAGUUCUCGAAGGAGGUGGUCGACCUGCUGCGCCAUCAGCCCUAUUUCCGCAUGCCUUUUGAUAAAUUCAUACCCUCGUACCACCAUCACUUUGGCCGCCAGUGCAAACUUGCCUAUUAUGGGUUCACCAAGUUACUCGAACUCUUUGAAGCCAUACCGGAUGUCUUGCAGGUGUUAGAGUGUGGAGAAGAGAAAAUCCUCACGCUGACGGAAGUCGAACAGGUCAAAGCCUUGGCCGCCCAGUUUGUUAAAUUGCUCCGCUCUCAGAAAGACAAAUGCCUCAUGAUGGCUGAUGUCCUCGCAGAGUACGCGAAAACCUUUGGUUACUCCUUGCGCCUCCAAGACUACAACGUCGGCUCUGUUCCAGCUCUAAUGCAGAAACUUUGCCAUAUUGUCAAGGUGGUUGAUGUGGAGUCCGGUAAACAGGUCCAGCUGAUCAAUAAAAAGUCUCUCCGGACCUUGACCGCUCAGCUUCUGGUGCUGCUGAUGACUUUGGACGAAGCCCCUUUCAUCUCUGUGGAUCAGCUGAAGGGACGCUACGAAACCACCCAGAACACCACCCUCAAUCCCUGCGAAUAUGGCUUCAUGACCUUUACUGAACUUCUGAUGAGCAUGCCUUACUUCGUCGAGGUCUUUACCGACGAUGAGGCGGAGUACGUCAUGCUUACAGACCUGUAUGUGUUUGCCAAGAAAGUCAGGUCCCUGCUCCACACUUACCAUUACCAGCAGAUCUUCUUUCACGAAUUCUCGACGGCAUACACAAAAUACACAGGAGAGGUGCUGCAUCCGAAAGUCUACGGCUACAACAACCUUGAAGAACUCUUGGGGGCAAUCCCACCGGUAGUCUGGAUAAAAGGUCACGGACACAAGAGGAUCGUUGUCCUUAAGAACGAUAUGAAAACUCGUUUCAGCUCGCCCAGUCUUCCCCUCGCUGAUGAAAAUCCCGGAAACCCGUUGGCUGACCAUGACGGACAAGUCGCCGAUGUGCCGAGUUCGAGCAGACCUUUGGAAUUAAACGUAGACGCGCCAAAUACCGUUUCGAGUCAUGCUGAGCAAGAGCUGCUUUGCCUCACAAACACGUCUCCCGUCGAUCUGUUGUGCGAGCCGGUCCCCUCCUGCCUCCCCUCCCCGCAGCUGAGGCCCGAUCCUGUCGUUCUCGAAUCAGUAGACCUCAUUCAGUUUGAAGAACACCCGUCAAGCAUGUCCGAGAUGACGGUUUUAGCAGAAGAUACAGAGAAGGAGGUCGGUCCUUUGGAGGUUGACGGAGAAGUAAGCCAUGUCCCCUCAGCGCCUGGUGCUGCAGAAAGCCCAUUUGUACCGCUUUGCCCACUGGCUGAAUCCCAAUCAAGCAAAGAAGCCAUGGACAGCCCAGCCAAGAAACAGCAUAAAAACAGAGUAAAGUUAGCUGCAAAUUUCUCACUUGCCCCUAUAACCAAGCUUUAAAUCUGUUGUGUUCUGAAAG